AUUUACUUUUGCCUGCAAACGAGCUAAUCCUCUGCUAGUGUAGUCUGUGAUUACCGGAAGUCCCUGAGUAAAAGCUUGUGUCAAGUCGUGUUGAAAUCGUUGUCGGUGUUUCAGCGUCAGUAGUUACUAUACUGUGGAUGAAUAAUUGUAGGCGGCAUUACAAUAUAGCAUGGCAUCUGCUUUGGAAAGUUAUAUAAAUCGCACUGUUGCUGUAAUUACAUCAGAUGGGAGAAUGAUUGUGGGAACAUUGAAAGGAUUUGAUCAGACUAUUAAUCUAAUUCUGGACGAAAGCCAUGAACGAGUAUUCAGUUCAACACAAGGUGUGGAACAAGUCGUAUUAGGAUUAUAUAUUGUAAGAGGUGAUAAUGUUGCUGUAGUUGGAGAAAUAGAUGAUGAAACAGAUUCUGCCCUCGAUCUGGGAAGCAUUCGAGCAGAGCCUCUGAAUUCUGUUGUACAUUAACUAACGUGGUGGACACACUGCUUCAUUUGGACAUUUAUCUCAUAGCUGAAUAUGAAGUAUUGAUCUGCUGUGACAAAAUGAGUAUAGGAUGCAUAGUUUUUAUCGAUGUAUCCAAACAGCAGUAUCGAGAUUUUUAACUGUGGCCAUUUUUCUUCCUAUUGAGAUGUUUACAUUUAUAAUUUUUUCAAGAUAUUUGACAUUAUUUCAAAGGAAUAGAUAAUACAUAAUGAAAUUCAGCCCAUUUUAGUGCUGAAAGAGUGAAAGAAUGUCUUCUACUUCAGUUUUUUACUAGACAGUAUCUGGUUUAAUGAGACAGAAGGAAAAAAUAGUACAAUCCAUACCAUAACUGGAGUGUAUGUCUGCUCAUUCUUCAUACACAUGAGUUUAGCAAAUUUAAGUAUAACUGUUUGCCACCUGUUUUUACUUGUCUUAAUAUCUACAGCUCAAAAAAUUCUGCCCGAUUUUGCUUUGUCCUGUCGUGUAGGUUACUGCUAACUGGUGGGAUGUUUUCACAAGGUGGGGUAGGCUGUAUUCCCAGAUUUUGAAAGUUGUGUAAAGUUAACUAGUAUCCUGUAGUCUGUGAUGCUUUUAAAUUUCAUGUUCCUUAAAUCUUCAAAUAUAUUGCUUGCCUGUGUCUUGCUUAGUUGUUGAUUAGUUUACGAGUCCUUCUGCUUUGGAUUUGUACCCCACAUUGUCAGGUUUGUGAAGAGGGAUUACUAGAGGCUGGAAUAGGCUCCCCCUGGACUGACACAUUGUUUGCAAAAUUUGCAGUCCAGGGAUUCUCUCUCUGCUGAGAACUGUAGAGAUUCUGUUGCAUUUAUAUACUGGUAAAUGUCCAGCAUUGUCGUUACUACACUUCAAUACAUCUCAUUUUCUGGCUCCCUAGCUUCACCUUUGGCUACUCUAGCCUGUCUAGUGAUAUGAAGUGUCACUGUCCCCAAAGCGAGCAAGUAGGAAAGUCUGUCUAUGGGAGGAGGUGGGCAGUAUAAUGUGCUGCAGGGAAGCUGCACAGGAGUAGAAAAAUAGCUCUGCAGAUGACCUUUGUGUUGGUCCUUCAGUCUGAUCUACACCUUGACCUCUGAAGUUGCCACCAAUGAUUGAUUGCACCCUUUACAGUUUUCUGUUCUUGCAAAAUGCAAAAGUGUUCAUCUAUUGAAUGGAAGUUGUUUUCGGCCAUGGCCUUCUUUAUGGUGGUCAGAAUAUGUGACUGUGUAGAAAUGGGCAGAAGCAGUAUGACAAUCUGUGGCCCCCACUUCAUGGACAUUGUCAGUCUGUGCAGAGUACUGGUCUCCCAGAUAAAAGGAUUAACAUAAUUUUCUGUAAAGUGUAUUAUGGUUUGUAUGUCCUGAAUUAAACAGUAUUCACAGCCUCAUCCAGUUGGGCCAUUCUGCAUUUAACAUUCUCCAACGCUAUCUCAAGUAUAUUCCUUAUAGUCUGAUGUUUAUGUAAUUGUCAGUUUUCCAACCAAUAUAAUCCAGUAGACUUCCAUCCACCUUUUAAUUUAUAGUGAAUUAAUAGGGCGACAUUUUGACUAGCACAAGGGUACUGGAUGUCCCACCAUCAAAUAUGUAAAUGAAAUUUAAAUGGUAUUAGUGAGCCAUCAAACAAGACAACUGUGUUUAGAGUUAUGUAUGCUUAUUAUGUUCUUAGCUGUCCAAUUAAAGGCUUUUAAUGUAA